ACAUCCGCCUCCCUGGAGCAGGAGCAGGAGGAGGCGGCGGCGGCGGCGGCGGCGGCGCUGCUGGAGCUGGAGCGGGGCCGGGAAGGGGCCGCGUCCUGCUGCUGCCAUCUGAGCCCAGCAGCAGCAGCAGCAGCAGCAGCAGCCGCGCCCCCGGCUGGCAGGCGGUCCCGGCGCGGAAUGCGAAGCGCCAUCGGGGGGGCGCCCGGCGGAGGCGGCGCAGGGGCGGAUCGGGGCCGGCUGAGCGGCGGCGGCGGCGGGAAGGAGCCGGAGCCCAGCCGAGGGAGGGUCUGCUUGGGGGCUGCCCGCGAUCUGAAGGCAAAACAUUCACACUGAAUCCCGCCCCCCCCCUCUCUCCCUAGAUUGGCGGCUCGACGGUCGUGGGAAGCUAAGCAGGGUCGGCCCUGGAGCCUGCGCAGCGGAGAAUGCGCGCAGCCAGAGUCGCUGCGGUUCUCAAGCCCUACCCCGGAAUGCGGGAGCCCCCGACUGCGGCCGUUCCAGAGAGCCAUGUCACAAAGGAUCUGUUUAUCUCCCCGGAAGCUGAAACGCUUUCCUAAGCAGCCGGGGUUGCUGAUUUCCUGAGGAGGCCCCGCUGUUCUCCUCGAUCCACCCCCCGAAACUUAUCCAAUCUCCUGGUCUACAGACGAUCACCAGCUGCCAUGAACGGGCUUUCGGUCAGCGAACUGUGUUGUCUCUUCUGCUGCCCGCCGUGCCCUGGCCGGAUUGCCGCCAAGUUAGCUUUCUUGCCCCCGGAGCCGACUUACGCCAUGGUGCUGGAACCGGAACCGGCGGGCAGUACCAGCAGCAGCUCCCUGCGGAGCAGCGCCAUGACGCGGUGGAAGCUGCACUUAACAGAGCGGGCCGAUUUUCAGUACAACCAACGGGAUCUGGACACCAUCGAGGUGUUCCUGACCAAAAGCAACCGAGGGAACCGGGUCAGCUGCAUGUACGUCCGAUGCGUACCUGGCGCCAGGUUCACGGUUCUAUUCUCCCACGGCAACGCUGUCGACUUGGGCCAGAUGUGCAGUUUCUACAUCAGCCUGGGGACCCGAAUCAGCUGCAACAUCUUCUCCUACGACUAUUCCGGAUACGGGGUUAGCACGGGGAAGCCCUCGGAGAAGAACCUCUACGCCGACGUCGACGCAGCCUGGCAGGCGCUCCGCACCCGAUAUGGGAUCAGCCCAGAGAACAUCAUCUUGUAUGGGCAGAGCAUUGGUACCGUACCCACGGUGGACCUGGCCUCUCGCUACGAGUGCGCCGCGGUCAUCUUGCAUUCACCUCUGACCUCGGGCAUGCGUGUCGCCUUUCCAGAAACCAAGAAGACAUACUGCUUUGAUGCUUUUCCCAACAUCGACAAAGUAUCCCGCAUCACGUCCCCAGUCCUCUUCAUUCACGGCACCGAAGAUGAGGUGAUCGACUUCUCGCAUGGCCUGGCCCUCUACGAGCGCUGCCCCAAAGCCGUCGAGCCCCUGUGGGUGGAAGGUGCCGGCCACAACGACAUCGAACUCUACAGCCAAUACUUGGAACGCCUCCGCAAGUUUAUUUCCCAAGAUCUGGCCAACCAGCACAACUGACAGGCCGACGUUCGGCGUUCCCCUUGGUGACCGUUCCCGUUGGCAACCGUUUCCGUGGUCUUUGGUGAUGGAGACGAGGGGAUGCUCGCAAACUCCAAAAGCGGAACAGUGUCCACGCCACACCCCUUCCAUCAAAGCGUGACUGGUCCCCGGGCUCUUCGAGACGAGCUCGGUCUCCGUGCAGGUCUCCACCAGCAAUGCCUCGUCUUCGUCGGAGUGCUCCAGUGACUCUUGCUUGAUGCCACGUCUUUGACGAUGAUGUGUCUGUCUGUGAACAUGCGCCAAGGAUGGGGGCCCUCCGUCUGCUCCCAUCCCUCGGUUUCAGACUGAAGAAGACUGGCUUCUUGCCAUCAUACCUUUUUUUUUUUAAUGACCACAUCUGCUGGGACUACACUGUGUUUUUUUGCCGCCGUUACACCAUCCUGUGCAAAACUUUUCACUUCUCCCUGUGCCAAGCAAUAGCAAUAAGCCACUUUGGGGAAGGGGAAAAGGGGCGGGCGUGGGAGACCCCAGUGCUGCCUUGGGGUAAUGAGAUGCUUUGCAUGAUGGCCGUCUUUUGGGGUCCGCCCCGCCCCGCCCCUCAAAGCAGGGGAAGAAAACUCCAUCCAGGUUCCCUUGAGAGGGAGGGAACAGCGGAAGAGGAGCAGGAUUGGGGACGGCCGCAGUUUGGCUCCUGCCGCUUACUGCGCCCAAUCCACAGAGCCCAGCGAUGAACUUGCCCGGGGGGGGGGGGGGGGGGGUUGAGAAAUGCCAGCUGUUUGGGGGAACAGAUCCAUUUGCCCAUGUUUGGGGGAACAGGUCCUGGAUUCCCCAUGUUUAACCCUCUCCCCUGCCCCUUCCGAAAGCCCCCACACAUUUGGACCAUGCGUUCCUUCAUUUCAGGUAUGUGGACAGAGGGGUCUGAUGCCUCCACGCAUUCAUUUUGGAAACAAGAAGGAAUAAAAGUUUGAACGAUC